AUGGAGCAGACAAAAGCUCUGAAUGCGUUGGAGGUAACACCAUUCCACACGCCCACCUCCUCGAGGCACCUCGCUAACCUUCUCUGCAUAGCCUUUCCUGGCCCUCAGCAAGUCAGCGAGCUCCCCUCGUGCUGCAGCAGAUCUUGUCACCCGCGCGACCUCCAAUCCGAAUACAUUUCUCUUCACAGAGCUGCUUCAGACGCCACAGAUCCAGAGUCUCGCCCAAUCUGCCGAACACGCCGCAUACCUCACCUCUCCCUCCUCACCCUGGCCCGCGAUCGCACCAAUCUCGCCUACCCCCGUCUCCAGACCGCCCUGUCUCUGCCCGACACCCGCGCCCUCGAGGCCCUCGUGACCUCAGCCAUCUACGCCGGCCUCAUCCAGGCGACACUCGAUCCCGCCCGCCAGCACGUCCAUGUCACCGCCCUGGCCCCUCUACGCGACCUCGCCCCCGACUCCAUCCCUGCCCUCUCGGACAACCAGCGCUCCUGGUCCGAUCGCUGCACCGCUACCCUCCGCGACAUUGACGCCCAGACCGCCGCCCUCCGCGCCGAGGCCGCCCGCCGACAGCGCCACGCUGGCGUUCGCGAGGAGCAGCUCGCCGAGCUCGUCGCCGAGACGAAGCACUCAGGCGGCGGGGCCGGGUGGCGGCCUCCUUCAGCGGCGGUUACUGACGCUGCGCCGCCGCGCGGAAAACAGCAUGCGGAAGGGCGCAAGGGUGCUCAGCCAAGCGUGGGAGCAACCUGA